AUGGCUUCGUUGCGGGUCUCCGCGGGGACAAAAAUGAAGGCUUCCAACGAUGGAGACGCCCCUCCUGCUAAGAAGGGCCCCAUUUUCUAUGGGAGCCUGGAGGAGAAAGAGCGCGAGCGGAUUCUGAAGGGCGAGUCGGGGAUGAUGGGCAAAGAAGCCGUCAAAGCAGCCAUUGAGGCGGGCAAUAUCAACAUCUCCACCGGCGAAGUUUUUGACCUGGAAGACCACAUCAGCGAGCGUCAAGCCGAAGUCCUGGCCGAAUUUGAGCGCCGGAAACGGGCGAGGCAAAUCAACGUUUCCACAGACGACUCCGAGGUCAAGGCCUGCUUACGGGCGCUCGGAGAACCCAUAACGCUGUUUGGAGAAGGGCCAGCCGAAAGGAGGGAGAGACUGCGUAACAUUCUCUCGGUGGUUGGUCCGGAUGCCUUGAAAAAAACCAAGAAGGAUGAUGAAAAAUCCAAGAAGUCCAAAGAGGAGUAUCAGCAGACUUGGUACCAUGAAGGGCCAACCACCUUGAAGACAGCCAGACUCUGGAUUGCAAAUUACUCUCUUCCACGAGCAGUGAAGCGGCUGGACGAAGCCCGUUUGUUUAAGGAGGUGCCCGAAGCCACACGGACAUCCCAGAAACAAGAGCUUCACAAAUCUUUGAGGUCUCUGAAUAACUUCUGCAGCCAAAUUGGGGAUGACCGUCCGAUUUCCUUUUGUCACUUCAGUUCCAACUCCAAAUUCUUGGCCACGGCCUGUUGGAGCGGCCUGUGCAAGAUAUGGUCAGUGCCAGAUUGCAAGCUUGUUCUCACUUUGAGAGGGCAUAAUACCAACGUUGGCGCCAUCGUCUUCCAUCCCAAGGCAACCAUCUCAUUGGACAAGAAGGAUGUCAAUCUGGCGUCCUGCGCAGCCGACGGCUCUGUCAAGCUCUGGAGUCUAGAAAGCGACGAACCAGUGGCUGACAUAGAAGGUCACACGGUCAGAGUGGCCCGGGUCACUUGGCAUCCUUCUGGCAGAUUUUUGGGCACCACGUGCUACGACCACUCCUGGCGUUUGUGGGACCUGGAAGCCCAGGAGGAGAUCCUUCACCAGGAGGGGCACAGCAAAGGGGUCUACGAUAUCGCCUUCCACGGUGAUGGCUCCCUAGCUGGCACCGGCGGCCUCGAUGCAUUUGGCCGCGUCUGGGACCUGCGCACCGGCCGCUGCAUCAUGUUCCUGGAAGGACAUCUCAAAGAGAUCUACGGGGUCAGCUUUUCCCCUAAUGGGUACCACAUCGCUACCGGCAGUGGAGACAACACCUGCAAAGUUUGGGACCUUCGCCAGAGGAGGUGCAUUUACACCAUCCCCGCCCAUCAGAAUCUGAUCACCGGGGUGAAAUAUGAACCGAAUCACGGCAACUUCUUGCUGACCGGGGCCUACGACAACACGGCCAAGGUGUGGACCCACCCUGGCUGGAACCCCUUGAAGACCUUGGCCGGACACGAGGGCAAAGUCAUGGGUCUGGACAUUUCCUUGGACGGGCAGCUGAUUGCCACCUGCUCCUACGACCGGACCUUCAAGCUAUGGAUGGCAGAAUAAGCCGGGUAUUUCCCUUCUCACGUCCCUGGGGGUGACCCGGGUUAUUUUAGGUCGGGGAGAUCCGAUCACAGGUGGCGUGCGGAGUCCGCAGACCAUCCUCCUCCU